UCAUCUCGGCGGGGCUCGAACUCUUCCCCAGAGGACGGCAAUGCUCCCCAUCUUCCUCGAUUACCAGCGAGAGCCGAGUAAACUUUUUAAGCCAAGGCUGGUUGGAUGUCUUCGGGCAAUGACGACUCGGGAGGGUGGAUAGCGCUGGUUGACAUAGUAACUCCUCUCCUCUGCGCAGUCGGUGGUGGCUGAGGAUGGGCUCUUCGGUGGUGGUGGAGCGCUGCCUGAAUGGGCUGCCGGGAGCGACCCAGGCGAGAGAAGGGGCUGCUACCAGGGCUGCUGCUUGAGCAGUCUGGGCUUCCCCCGGUCGAGCGCAGGUCCCUUCACAGUCGCCAGCCGCCCUCAGAAUGGGGGCGCCGCCACGUUAUGCGUAGCCAGAGGGACAGGCGGACCCCGCGCGAGCACCGGCGAGUUGUGCCUCCGCCUCCCGACUCUCCUCGAGGACUUCUUCGCCUUUUGGAAGAGACGCAACCCCAGCCCUAGAGAGGGGCGUCCUGAGCCCGGUCAGGGUGUUUUGUGAGGCGGUUGGUUCUCCUCCUCCUCCUCCUCCUCCGCUUUUGGCUCCUCCAGCCUUUUUAAAGGAAAGGGGGAUUUCGUGGGGAGGAGACCCCCAGAGGGGAAAGCGCCAUGAGUCAAACGCGCCCCUACGCGCCUCGAGAGAGCGGCUCCUCGCCGGCCAGCGGGGCCAGGAGGAACGAGAGUCAGGACUACUUGCUGAUGGAUUCGGAGGCGUGUGAGGAGAACUGCAUGGUGGCGCCCUACGCUUACUACCCCGUUAGAGGUAUCGACAACAGACAUGGCCUACGACAACAGACUCUAGUCCGAGAGAAGGGCAGGAGGCUUGCCAAUCGCGGCCCAGCAUAUAUGUUUAAUGACCACGCAACCAGCCUUUCUAUUGAAGAGGAGCGUUUCUUGGAAGCCGCCGAAUACGGCAAUAUUCCUGUCAUCCGUAAAAUGCUGGAAGAAUGUACCUCGCUUAAUGUGAACUGUGUGGAUUACAUGGGGCAAAAUGCGCUGCAGCUGGCUGUAGCCAAUGAGCACCUGGAAAUCACAGAGCUUUUACUUAAGAAGGAGAACCUGUCACGUGUUGGGGAUGCCCUGCUCUUGGCCAUUAGCAAGGGUUACGUCCGGAUAGUGGAAGCCAUCUUGAGCCAUCCUGCAUUUGCUGAAGGCAAGAGACUUGCCACAAGUCCCAGCCAAUCAGAGCUGCAGCACGAUGACUUUUAUGCUUACGAUGAGGAUGGAACCCGCUUCUCUCACGACGUCACCCCAAUCAUCCUGGCCGCUCACUGCCAUGAGUACGAAAUCGUGCACACCCUGCUGAGGAAAGGAGCUCGUAUUGAAAGGCCUCAUGACUACUUCUGCAAAUGCAGCGAGUGCAAUAAGAAGCAAAAGAAUGACUCCUUCAGCCAUUCCAGAUCCAGGAUAAAUGCCUACAAAGGCCUGGCCAGCCCUGCUUACCUGUCCUUGUCCAGUGAGGACCCAGUAAUGACUGCCUUAGAACUCAGCAAUGAGCUCGCUGUACUUGCUAACAUUGAAAAAGAAUUCAAGAAUGAUUACAAGAAACUGUCUAUGCAGUGCAAGGACUUUGUGGUUGGACUUCUUGAUUUGUGCAGAAACACAGAAGAAGUGGAAGCUAUUCUGAAUGGAGAUGUUGAGUUGAACCAUGGGGAGCAUGGACGCCCUAGCCUUAGCCGCUUAAAACUCGCCAUUAAGUAUGAAGUUAAAAAAUUUGUCGCACAUCCAAACUGCCAGCAGCAACUCCUCUCAAUCUGGUAUGAGAAUCUGUCAGGUUUACGACAACAGACCAUGGCAGUGAAGUUUUUAGUGGUCCUUGCUGUUGCUGUGGGGCUGCCAUUCCUGUCGGUGGCUUACUGGAUUGCUCCGUGUAGUAAGUUGGGCAGAAUAAUGCGUGGACCGUUUAUGAAGUUUGUGGCACACGCAGCCUCUUUCACCAUUUUUCUUGGGCUGCUGGUCAUGAAUGCAGCGGACAGAUUCAAUGGCACCAAACUGCUGCCUAAUGAAAGCAGAACAGAUGGCACAAAGCAGCUGUUCAGGAUGAAAACAUCAUGCUUCUCUUGGAUGGAACUGCUUAUCAUCUCCUGGGUAAUAGGUAUGAUAUGGUCUGAAUGUAAGGAAAUUUGGUCUCAAGGUCCCAAAGAAUACCUUUUUGAGUUGUGGAAUAUGCUCGAUUUUGGUAUGCUAGCUAUUUUUGCAGCUUCCUUCAUUGCAAGGUUUAUGGCAUUUUGGCAUGCCUCCAGAGCCCAGAACUUGGUUGAUGCCAGCGUGAAUGUGGAGGGCUUGUCAACUACAACCCUGCAUCCCAGCAUAAAAUACUACACUUUGGCUAGAAUACACUGGGAUCCAUCGGACCCUCAAAUCAUAUCUGAAGGCCUGUAUGCAAUUGCUGUGGUGUUAAGUUUCUCAAGAAUUGCCUACAUUCUGCCAGCCAAUGAAAGCUUUGGACCUCUGCAGAUAUCCCUUGGUAGAACUGUGAAAGACAUAUUCAAAUUCAUGGUCAUAUUCAUCAUGGUCUUUGUGGCCUUCAUGAUAGGAAUGUUUAAUCUCUAUUCAUACUAUAUGGGAGCAAAACAAAAUGAAGCAUUCACUACGGUGGAAGAAAGCUUCAAGACUUUGUUCUGGGCAAUAUUUGGACUCUCUGAAGUGAAAUCAGUUGUCAUAAAUUAUAAACACAAAUUUAUCGAGAACAUUGGUUAUGUCCUCUAUGGUGUUUAUAAUGUUACCAUGGUUAUUGUUCUAUUGAACAUGCUUAUUGCAAUGAUCAACAGCUCUUUCCAAGAGAUUGAGGAUGAUGCGGAUGUGGAGUGGAAGUUCGCAAGAGCCAAACUGUGGUUCUCCUAUUUUGAGGAGGGCAGAACCCUGCCAGUACCUUUCAACCUAGUGCCUAGUCCCAAAUCUCUCCUUUACCUCUCACUCAGAAUAAGGAAGUGGAUUUAUAAAGUAUUAUUUUGCCAUAAAAAGGGGUUUCAGGAAGAUGCAGAGAUGAAUCAGCUCGGCCAAAGUAAGCAAUCAAGCAUAAGAAGCUCAGAUGACCUCAAUUUAAACAGCUUAAGUAAUCCUCAAAGGAAGUACCAGAAGAUAAUGAAACGCCUUAUAAAACGAUAUGUUUUGAAAGCUCAAGUUGACAAGGAGAGUGAUGAAGUGAAUGAAGGUGAACUGAAAGAAAUUAAGCAGGACAUCUCAAGCCUCCGUUAUGAACUCCUUGAAGAAAAAUCACAGAACACCGAAGACCUGGCAGAACUCAUCAGGAAACUUGGAGAGAAACUGUGUAUUGAGUCAAAACAGGAACAAAGUAACAGAUAGCAUGAACUUCUUACUGAAGAGAAACUCCAGGCUGGCCGUCUACUCAAAGCCAUACCACUUCUAUCUUAUUAUUUCCCCCCCAGUGUAACUGGCACUUUUAACAGCAGAAACAGAAGCAGAUACAUCUUGAAUAGAUCUGUUCCUUUUGUAGCUGAGGGAAAGAAGCAGUUGAGCAGAGGUAGUUAAUCCUACCCAGAGAAGAAGAAAAAUCAACUUUUUAAAAUAAUGUGAAAUUUUAAAAACACAAAUUAUGGUUUGAGAAGCUGCACAUUUAAAGAUUUUAAUUGCUUUUAAUUGCUGGUUCUGUUGAUCCCAAGAAGCGCACUUGUGCUCUCACUCACACCCACACCCCUAUCUUGCACCCCAGCCAUAAGCACAUUUACUUGGAAUUAAAUUCCUUUGAAAUCAAUGAGAUUCCCAAAUAAAUGUAUUUUAGGAAAAAAUAUGUUCUUUUCUUAAAAAACAAACACCCAACUACUUAUGGACUGAUCUUUUAAAUAAACAGGCAAUAUGCAA